AUGUGUACGAGAGCAGAGAGAGUACAUAAUUGUUUACCCGAUUAUCUCUCGAGAAACCCGACUCACGAUGAAGACGAAUUAAUGAACACUGAAUAUGGUCUUGAAUUGGCCACUUUUGACCGCCACACGCAUAGCGGUGUGGUCGGUGUCAUCACCAGGUCUGCAGCUAAAAAACAGGCAGUAACCACAAAUGCUGCUCCGCAAAAUGGUGAUGACCGCGCGACUCAACAUGAUUCGAUAGAUGAUUCUGGAAAACCACCGGACAGAGUAAUCCCAAAUCAUUUAGAUAUUACAAAAUUAGUGAAAGAGCAACAGGAAGAUACAGACAUUCAAAGGAAGAUUCAAGCGAUCCAACAAGCUCCACACAAGCAUCCCUAUGUGUUAGCAGACGGUAUUUUGUAUAAAUUAUUAUCCAGAGAUCGUGCCAAAACCAAAUUAAAAUUAAUUUAUCUGCCUAAAUCAAUGGUACAGACCUGUCUUCGCUCUUAUCAUACUCAUGCCACAGCCGCUCAUUUUUCCGUUCAGCGUACAUAUGCAAAAUUGAAAUACAAAUAUUGGUGGCCACACAUGCAACAGUCAGUGGUUGAUUACAUUAAUGCUUGUGUGGUCUGCAAACAACAUAAUCACAGCAGACAAAAGAAGCCUGGACUUCUCCAUCCUUUACCACCACCAUCUGGUCCAUUUCAAGUUUUAGGUAUAGAUUACUGUGGUCCAUUUUCAACUACACCAACCGGCAACAAAUAUGUUCUAUGUUUAACAGAUCAUUUUACAAGAUGGGUGACAGCUGUUGCUGUCCCUGACUGCACAGCACAAACAACUGCUGAACACAUUUUUAAUGAUUACAUAUGCUUUUUCGGUGUUCCAACAGCCAUUUUAUCCGACAAUGGUUCACAUUUUCAGAAUCAAUUAAUGACAGCUUUAACACAAGUCUUAGGACAUAAUCAUAUCUACUCCACAGCAUACCAUCCCCAAACAAAUGGAAUGAUUGAACGUUUCAAUGCCACCUUCGUGCCACAAUUAGCAAAGCUGCAAGAUAAACAAUCUAAUAAUUGGGAUCUAUAUUUAUCUAGCGUUGUGUUUGCAUAUAACACUGGUCAACAUUUUAGUACCGGAUACUCGCCCUUCCAGCUAUUAUUUGGUUGUGAUGCCAAAUUACCACCCGAUGCACCUCCUAAACAGCUUAUAUUUAACAAACCAAAUGACUAUUUCCAACAAUUAACGAACAAUCUUAAGACGUAUCAUCAACAUGCACGUCAAUUAAUGUUACACAAUCAGACAUUAGCCAAGUUGAGAUAUGAUCGUAACCGAACAGAUCCACAGUUUCAGAAAGGUCAAUUGGUCUUAACGAGGCUUUAUGGAAAACAAAAUAAAUUAGCAGAAAAAUUCUCUAUAGUUCCAUCUCGAAUUGUUGAAGUUAAACAUCCCGUCACACCGAGGGAUGAUAUCGACGAAGGUGCCAAUGGUGAUCAUAUUGAUUGUACAUGCAACUUUCGUCCAUACAAAGAUCCUAGACAAACAACAAGCUGGUCCUUACAAAAAGCCUUUGCUUUAGGAUUUGGUUUGUAUCUCAACAAAAAAUACACUUGCAGCAAUUGGGGCGGCGGUAUAGAUGUACAACUGAACACCUGGACUUUCCAUGAUAAAGAAACACGACAUCAACAAAAAUACAUUCGGAGAGCACUCGAACAAUAUGCAAUUAAUGACGUCAUUACAAUCUGGUUUAUUAUGGUACAACAAGCACUCUAUGCUUUACGAAAAACAACAAGAAUACCACCACCAUUAUCAACAGUAGCUCCGAGACCACCAUCACCCGGAAUAACUAAUGUACAAACAAUAGCAUUCUAUGCUCCCGAAACCGAACCGGUAACUCCACCUACGGAUAAUGCAUUUAAUGAGCCAGUAACAGUUAAUAUUCCAGCAGAAAGCGAAUUCCGAAGGUUAUUACCAUUAGCACAAAAUUUCACAUGUGCGCUCAUUUCCAUACCUGAUACAGCGGUAGUGCCGGUAGGGGACCGGGUUUCUGGCCCCACGCCUACAUCCUCAUCGUCAUCAUUACCUCGAAGACCACAACAACAGCGAACUUCGACAACAUCUCGGGUCUCUGAGCAUCACCGCAAAAUGAAAAACAAAGUCUCAUCUAUUAAAUACCAUAAGAAAGAUUAUCAAUUCUCGUUAACCAGAGAAAUUUAUUAUCGAUUCACCAUGUCUGAUAUUAAAAAGGUUCUAGCCGGUUUAGGAUUGAAAGCAAGAAAACUUCAGCCUAUAGACACAACCCACGGUAAACAAUUAUUGAUUGGCGUUUACUCUCAAGAACAAGUAAACGAAUUCGAUCUCAAACUUCAUGAUGGACUAUUUACCCGUGGCCAUUAUCAGAGACUAUAUGGACGUGAUUAA